AUGACUACCUUGUAUGACAGGCUGCAAAGCAUUGAAGAAGAGAUUGAUAGACUGUGCCUGGAAAGAAAGCUGAAUAUGGAAGCUGAGUAUCUUAAAAGAAUCAAGUGCAAGAAGUCUCUUAGAUGCUAUGUCAAAGUUAGUAUAAAGAAGGGUACAUUUAUACGUCUCGACAGUAGAGUGAUCAAUGAUUAUAAGAACGGAGGAGAGUUGAAAUUCUCGGAUGUUGUGAAGAAGUUUUGCAUCAUAUUUGAUAGCAAUCUUACUCCAACAGUUGAAACACAUUUUGGCGCCUGCAAGGCAUCCGAUGAGCAUGGAGAAAGCGUAGAGGCGCCUGAGAUGAGCAAUGGGGACGGGAGUCUACCGAAAUCGAUAUGUAAUGGAGGAAUGUCUAUGGAAGGAUUUUUUGAGUGGACCAAGUGCCGUGGGGAUACCGAAGCAUUUGAGGUAAACAGCAGCAAAACACCAAAGAAUAUAAAGCUACUUUUUGAUCUUGAGAAUCCAAGAGAGAUCUUCAAGUUGUCUACACAAUUAAGCAAUCUUCUGAUGAAGUAUACGGAUACGAAGCCAAAUGUGAUAACUCAUCUGUGGAGAUAUGUAAAUAGGAAUGGACUAAUGUCUAUCGAUUCAGAUGUAGUUGAAUGUGACCCUCAGUUGAAGGACAUCCUUGGAGUGGAGAGGUUUACAUUCCCCGAGAUUCCCAACCUCAUAGUACCGCACCUGUGGCCAUUAGACUAUCUAGUGGUGGACGUUCCCCCUAUCGAUGGCUAUACAGAGAUCUUCGACAUUCCGUUUGAAUGGGACGAUUUGUAUCAAUGCCCUGCCUUGUAUAGUAAAAGAGUCCAUGCUCUUGAUAGAAAAGUAGAAUCUCUCAAACAGCUGUUGAAGAGAUGCGAGGAGAGGGAAAGCAUACUGGACGAAUUUGGGAAGGACCCCACAGCAUUCAUUAACAAGUGGAUAUGUAUCGAUAUGAGCGAUAUAUGCCAUAGAACAUCUCUUUUCCGUAACAAGGACGUGCAAGAGAAGGUCUUUGAGCUACUGAAGAAGCUGGAGUGA